CACAUUGUCAGUGAGUUUACAAAACAAAGUUAGAUCUGUUUCAUGAUUUUUUUUCUUGUUUUUUCGUGUUGUGGUUUGAAAUCAAACACCUGGUUUAAUGCCAGGUUGAAGUGAUAAUAUAUUGUUAAUGGUUAAUUAUGGAUAAAGAUUCUGAUUGAAGGGAAUACCAUGGAAGCCACAGCUAGUACUCCUUUCAAACUACCCCUGUGGUCCGAGUGGGCUGUCCAAGUUAAAGCAAAAAAAAAUAAAUGCAGCAAAUGCACCAAAAAUAUGCCACAUUUGAAAGGGCUGGCAAUUCAGUCCCUUAUCACAUAUCUUAAACAAAGGAGUAAAUGCCAUGAAAUUCCAAAGAUUUUGCAAGAUAAUCUUAUCCCUCCUGCAUUAUAUGUCGAUGUGGCAUGCAUACUGUUUGCAUGUAAACAGUGGGGCGCCCUUCGUUCAUUGGUUUCCUACUGGCCAUUCGAAGCAUUUCAUCUUUCUCGAAUAAUCCAUAUUACCUGUCCUCAAUGCUGGUUGGCCUUUCUUGAUUCAGACAAUGCAGAAGACCCAGAGAAAGAAGGUGGUGAUACUGAAAGGCAGUUGUUUCGUAAGGUCUUCAAGAAUGUGCUUGAUGGCUUCUUUUUUGUGAUAAAGAAAACAUUGGAGAAUGAAGGACAAGCAAGUUCUCUUCGCGUGCUAGACCUAACAUUUGAGACCUCUCAAGAAAUUCGGAGUUUCAUGUGGGAGGACGAAUUUCGUCGCCUUGGAAAAAGAAUAACCAAAAUUCUCGAUGUCUGUAUUCUAGCCGGUUUGCAUAAGAAAAUUCAGAGCAGUAAGAAACUAGCUAUGAAACAUCAAAAUUCUUCGAUAUCAAGGCGGCCGCUGGCUACGUUGGACGUGAAGGAUGUAUUCGAUUAUUGGAAGCCGGAUGCAGUUUAUCCUUUGCAUAGUUGCGAGCCUGCUUUUGAAAUUUCCAAUUUUGAGAUUUCGACAUGGGAUAUGAAAGCAGAAGCGUCAGCAGUGUCUGCUGCUCGAUCACCGUUGGGGUCGGUCCGCAAAAUCUGUGAUGAAGCUUAUUAUCAACAGCAGAAAAGCCCUGAAAUCGGUGUUUGGAAUGGAAACGCUCUGGAUUUUAGCCACCUGACUGAGAUGCCUCUUUUUAACGUGACAAUCGACGCAUCAAUUUCAGAAAAAUCCAAUGAUAUUCUCAGCUGGAUUCAGCAACGCUAUGAUGAAUUUGCACCGUCACCUAGUCCAGUUUCUGUGACGUUUCGCUUCUUAGAAAUAAAUUUGCACGAAGAACGCAAACUGGAAGCAUUGAUGGAUCAAGUUCCGGAACACGUUAUCGGACUGAAAUUUACUGAGAUGUGUGAGCGACGAAGUAUUCUUACGGUGGCAUCGAAUGUAGACCGUUUUUUUUCAGUUCGUUAUUUGGAUCUCGGUAGCUGCGCCUUCAACCUGGUUGACCACUCUCAAGCUGUAGAAUCCAUUGCAGCUGCCUUUAGCCAUUUACCUCGUCUAGAGCGAUUGAGUCUAGCCCAUAAUCGAUUAACGGGAUGUUUGGCUGAUCUUCUAAUUCCACUUCAACACGGGCUCGAGCUACUGGACUUAACUUCUUGCUGCUUAAACGAUGAAGACCUGAGCUACCUUGGAGAAUCCGCACAUCGUCUGACGCUCCGAUCUCUCAGUUUAGCAGCUAAUGAGCUUGGUUUACAAUGGGAAAAAGUUUUACCUUUGCUCGUCAAGUUAGGCAACAGAAGCAGCCUUCAAAUUCUAGAUUUGAGUUCAAAUGAUUUUGUCGAAUCACAGUUAUCGGUUUUAUGUCGGACAACUCUGUGUCCAUUGUCUUCGCUCGCGUUGUUUGAUCUUUCUUGGCAUGAGUUGUCCCUAGCCUUUCUGAUCUCAAUUAUUGAGCUACUGGCAUCCAAGACAAAUCUUCGUACAUUUUGUCUCUCAACACCUAUUGAUAUGCUUGAAAAUGGAUAUGAUCAUCCCGAUAGCUGGGACCAUUUCGUCAACUUCACGGAAGCUCUGACUACCAAGCAUCGUGAAGGAAGUCUGAGACCGUCUCUAACUCUUCAUUGGUGUUUGAUGUAAUAUAAACUGUUCAUCGUCUUUUUAAUACUUACAUCUUGCAAGAGAAAGAGAAUAAAGGCGGGAACUUGUAUAGUUAUU